AUGACUAACCGCUUGUUUGCGUCUGUGGUAGCCGUGCUUCUGGCAAUCAUCGCAAUAUAUUACCAGGAACUUUUCAAUACUGUUUUUUCAAGUUCCAGUCUCAAGGUAGUGGACUCGACACGAGAUAUCACAUACCUGGGCAGUCUCUCCCCUGCUGGGAUUGAGCAUUUCCAGAACAUCUACUACGCUGAGGCGCCCACAGGGCAACGACGUUUCGCAGCGCCCGUCCCAACAAGACCAGGGAAGGGAUCUGUCAUUGACGCAACCAGGGCUGGCGCCUGGUGUCCACAAGCAACGGGGGAUAUACUUCCGUUCACAAGUAAGGUGACUGACAUUAGUGAAAACUGCCUGAGCUUGCGAAUUGCGAGACCGGCAAGAACACAGAAAGAUGCCAAACUUCCAGUUGCGGUUUGGAUUCAUGGAGACGCUAAUGAGCAGACAGGUGGCCAUGCUUUAGGCUCAGCUUCCGAUAUUCUCUAUGAACCUGACGGCUUGGUCAAUCUUGCUGCUGCUGAUGGGCAGCCGCUAGUGUAUGUUGGCAUAAAUUAUCGCCUCGGCUUGUUCGGGUUUGCCACUAGCGAAACAAUGAUUGAGAGGAAAGACACAAAUGCAGGGCUUCGAGACCAGCGUGCUGCUUUAGAGUUCACUGUCAUCGGACAAAGCGUGGGGGCCAGUGACAUUGGUCUGCAGCUAACGGCCUUUGGUGGGGAUCGAGAUGUUCCAUUUCAGCAAGGAGUAAUGAUGUCUGGCGGUCCAGGGCUGAACUUCAACAGCCAGCCGGAGCUGGUUGCGAGUAACACGGCUGCGAUUGCACAGCAAGUAGGAUGCGGCGGCGGUCAAGAUUUGCAGACACUAGAGUGUCUCCGGGCUGUUCCCUUUGAGCAACUGACCAACCUAUCAGUCACUGCAUCUCGCGCAGCCCGUCCGCCUUUCGGUGAAGGAUACUUUUACCCAACAAUCGAUGAUGACUUUAUUCAAGAUAGACCCUCAGAGCUGACGCGCAAAGGAAUGUUUACCAAAGGAAUUCCCUUGAUAGCUUCCUGGGUCACAAACGACGGCGCUUGGUACGCACUUCCAACUACUGCGACGGACGACGAAGUUCUAGGUAGUUUUGGACUCUGGCUGCACAAGCUUUCAACACCCACGAAAGAGAAGCUCCUACAUCUGUACCCUCUAGAGGACUUCGAACACAUGAUCAGGCCAGAGCAUGAGGGCCAGCUUUCACCGCAGUACUACCGCGCUGCCCAGCUGAAUCGCGACAUCUGGUUCACUUGUCCAGUCCUUGACUUUACUUGGCAGUACGUCAAAAAUGGAGGCGUAGGAGCCUCACAGGUACGGCUGUAUGAGUUCAAUCAAACCAGAUACACGCCAGUAUUCGAUUUCAUGGGUGUGUCAAUGUGGGGUGUGGCUCAUCUCAGCGAUAUCCCCUACUUGUUCGUCAAUGACCACCUGGGGGCCGGUGCAGAUAACUCGGACGAUCAGCUUGCGCUAGCUCGAGAUUUCAGUCGGACAAUUAUUCAGUUCGUGCAUCCCAAGGCCUCAGACGAUCGGCUUCAGUCAUGGCCGCCUGCCUUCUCGAAAGACUUUGCGAAACCUUCAACAGGCGACGUGCCUAGCCAUAUCUCGCUCCAGCUGUUUGGUGGGCCUCAUGGCUCGGUGCCCACUACAUGUAGCGAAGAUACUGGAGCUGACAUGGAGGCCAUGACCGACGCAGAGAAAGCACUUCAUUGGGAAAAUUUGUUCAGUCGCUGUGCAUUUCUCAAUAGCCAACAGUUUAGAGAGGAAGCAGGGGUCUGA